AUGCGUUCUUCGGCAUUCAAACCACCAGCGCAAGUGCCGAACAGUGAAGACGCAAGCGUAUGCCCUAGAAAGUCGAUAAAUCAGUUGAAUUUCCAUUUUUUAGACAGCACCUACUCAACCUAAACCUUCAAAAGGACUCAAAAGAAUGGACGGAACUGCUCGAUUGAAUACACUCAUGAACAACAUUGAUGUUUGUGGAAAAAAGAAAUGCUUUUGAAAAUUUAAUUAGCUUCAGGAAUCAGGCGAAUCUUCGUUAUCCUCAUCUCAAUUAGCGCAUUCUUCUUCCAUGGUUAAUAUGCCGUCAUUUCCCAAUUUGACGCCAGCCGGGGAAUCAACUGAUGUGAGGAAACCGAAAAGUAGUUUUUAAAAAACUCGGCAGUUGCAGAUUGUUCCCCGAUCCUUCUUGACCAGAACCAACACACGAGUACAGCCGUUGAAUUCUGAUUCAGUGCCCGCCCGGAACCUACCAGACCGACUUUUAGAGCAGGAAAGAAAAGUGACACCGUUGAGACUAAAAGUCGAAAGAACACCCGGAGGUACUGUGGCGAAGGCGUCACUUAUUCCAAAAGUGUCCAAGAAAGAGUCGCCGAAAAGGGAGGCUCAAGCAGGAGAAACUGCGCCGAACAUGCGUCGUACGAGCAGCGGAUCAAUGCUUCUCAGACAGACUCCGGAGAGAAAACGGAAGCAGGACGGGGAAAUUGGCUUGUCGAGAAGUGAGAGGAGAGCGAGUGCUCCGAGAAAGACAGUUCAGCGAUCCGGCUCGCUGUCAAAGCUGAAUCCAGACGAAGAAGAACCAAGAGAAAGCACUUCUACUCUCAAAAGAAAGCGACAUGUUUCCUGCACGGUAAGAUGAGCUUAACCGCGUUUCUCUAACCCAACUUAUUUUGUUUUCAGUCUCCAACUAUGCCAACUCUCACUCCCCAGAAGAACGGUCCCGGACCUUAUUGUGAGGCAUUCAAGAGCCCAAGCAAAGCGUCGGCCAGAAAAUUGCAAAUCUCUCCGGUGAAGAAAAGAGGUCGUCCCGCAUCGAACAGUCAGCCGUCGAGUCCGAUGAAGAAACGAUGCACGCCAACAAUGCCGAUGCAAAAUAGAGAAGAAAGUGAGUAAACACCUCAAGUUCCUGCAUCUCAUCGCACAUAUUCUUAUCCAGACCCAGUGCCUAUAGAUGGGACUCCGCUCAGAAGAAACAAGUCAACGAUAAACACGAAACAGCUCAGCGAGCGUUUAGCUCUCACUUACGGAACGGGAAGCAGUCGUUCGUCUGAAACGGUACGGUCUUCCUGCUCAAUUUCCGUUCUAUCCAUCGCCUUUUCAGAAUGAAUCCUCUUCUCAUAAGCCUGCUCCUCCGAAAUUGGCAACGAGAUCCACUUCCGGCGCGGAAUACUACAGUGCGAACGAAGGAGGUUUGAUCAUUUUUUGACCGACAAUCGGAUUAGAUCACCGACCGGUCAACAACAUCGUUCAUGAAUUUCAGAUGAGCCCACCAAGGAUCCGACGGUGCCACCUGAAACCGAAACGACGGAAGUCUUCUUUACAUCGUCGAAUUCUUUGCAGAAGGGUAAGUUAUCUGGGAAACGAAUUCGGUUAUUGUUUUGUGUAUUGCGGCAAUGGAUGGUGUUGUGGAAAGGACGGAAGUGUCGUUUCAAAUUAAUCGCGCACUCGCCACGCGUGGCCACCGCCUCGGUCGCGACGUCUGUAGUCUCUGUGAAAAUAAGAUUCUCUCGACGAACACAACUGGCCGACCGCCACUUGUUCUUCUUGUAUUUUUGAAGAAGAAAAAGAAGAAGAGAAGAAAGUAGGCGUCGGUGUCACUUCCUAUCUCUCUUUCUCGUCCUCUUUUGCAACUCCUGUUUUCAUCAUUUUCUCUUUCAUAAAGUAAGCGGGGCAUCGUCUUGGUUCUUGAUCUGUUUCGGUUGCGUCGAAGUCAGACUACGAAAACAGACGUUCUUCGUCGAUUACGGUAUCCUUGUGGUGCGUUUCCGACUGAUCUUCAUCUGAUUUUCAAAAAUAUUUGUGACGUCUUCUUAAGCAAAACGUUCAUCCGUUGUUAGUUUAGCAAACGCAAAGAAUGUUGCAAUUCGUGAGUUUGCAUAUUUUUCAAAGGAACUUGAGUGGCCAUGAUCUUUGUGAACUUUGAAACACCACGCGACUUUUCAUCUUCUGACCAUCGCAUUUGGAGGAGAUGUCUCUUCUUUCCGACAACAUUGCUGUUUCAUGGAGCCAUACUCGUCGAAAUGCCAAUAACAUGGCAGUAUUCAUAAGCCCUCGGCGGCCUCAUUCGAACAGCUGAUAGGCAACGGAGCAGCUCUCUGAUCGUUGAGUCUUAUUGCCGCUUCUCCGUCGAAAAAGAUGCGAUUAUUUGUGGUUCGGAUCAGGAGAGCCGGCAUUCUUUGUUUUUUGUUUCGACACCGAUUCGUACUUGACUAUCCCUGACAAUCAGUCGGAAUUCAUAUGAAACACCACCGAACUCUUAUCUUUCUCGUCUCCGUUUCCCCCGCCAUCUAUAACUGAUUGUUCGCCUCAAAAACAGAUUACUUUUCACUUAUCAAUGCGCUUCUUCUCUCUGUUUCGCUGCCAUUUCGGACGAUCGAAGACCGAUUCAGGAAGUGCUUUGUAUGAUUUCACCUCGUUUUUUAAGUAGCCUCGUUUCCGAUCAUAUUCUGAUGAGGCUCCAAUUACAGCCGAAGGCGAAAACAGCCUUUUCUAUAGCUCCUGCUGAAUCACUCGAGCUUCCGUGCGGUUUUGAUUAGUUUCCGCUUGUCUCUCCUUGCGUGUUUUCACCUGUUUUCGUUUUCAAUACUCACUGAUUUUCCUAUAAACGCAUAACUCGUGUUCGUGUCCGAUCCUCAGCUACAGUAAUCCAGUAUUGACGUGGAGACCUCUUAAAACCAUCGGUCAACAUCAGUUCCACAGGUGAAAACUGAACUGUCUGUAGAUAAAAGUUUGGGCGGUUAUUUCAGGCGGUUCUUAUCGCUGAUGAGUCUUUUUCAGUUUCCAUCGUUUAACCGGUAAAUUAACAUCGUUUCAACUAAUGGUUUCCCGUUUUCUUCGACUCGAAAACAUUGAAACCAAUGGACAUUUUUCAUGAUAAUCGGUUGUCUCCGUCGACUUAACUGAUUGCUGGACGGAAAGGUUUUCUGUGUUUCGCAUCUGCUGAUAAAAACGUACAAAGUGUGUUUGUGUUGAUCGAAAUGACUGAAAAUUAUUUGUACGUGAGAAAGGAGAUGGUCGAAACAGCGAAAUGAUUCCUCUUCGGUUCGGCCACGUAAAAGUAAACACGGCGACGGCGCCGCGACUGCUGGCUCUCUCCAUUCCAUUGAAAGCAGUGCUCAGUAGUAUGGUCGGGCCUGAAAUGCGAGAGCUCUCAAUCUUCUUCUUCUCCUCCUCUUUCCGCUUCCACGUCUUCUGCUUAUUCUGCUUCUCUCUCUCUCUCUCUCUCUCUCUCUCUCUCCCUCUCUCUCUUCUGCAUACGUAUUUGUGAGGAGGUCGAAACGUCUAUUCCCGGGGCCGAAUGCUGCUGCCGCUUCUUUUUUCUAUCUCGAUAUGUUUUUUGUUCAUUUGUUUUUUUUUUUGCUUCGACAACGGAAGCCCCGAUCUCUUUCCAGCAUCAUCAGCAUCAGUGGAGACAAAAUGUUACACCAGCAGCAAGGUUCUUCUGCUCUUCUUCAUCCUUCGCGCUGUUUUUCUUCAUGCCCAUCCCCAAUCUGAUCAAUAUGAUGCAAUCACCUCACAAUAGACGGCACUCGGAAUCCUCUAUGGACGUGUACUGUUUGGUGGCCCCCCCAUCUCGUUUCCUUCUCUCGCACAUCUCUCACUUUUCCGCGACACUACACAGUUGCAAGACUGUCCAAAUAGAACACUGUAUGGUUUUCGAAAACGUGGCACCACUCUGAUUUUCUUUCCUGCCUCUCCCAUCAGUCCAUUUGCCCGUAGAGCCACUCCAGGAGGUUUAAAAAAAGAGAUAGAGAGAUCAUCUAAUCAGUCAUCUCCAUAUCCACAGAUUUCUGUAACCAAUAGUAAUUUUCCCUAGACCGGAGAGCCAAGGUCAAACCACUGUUUGAGUUUUAUUAGUCGGAAGCUGAGCUAUCGUAUGUGGAUCAGUUCAGCUUCAUCUUUUAUCUCUUUAUUAGUCAUCAAUGUCUGCCGGUUUCGAAUAAUGAAACACCCACCUCCUUGUUGUCAACUUUGCGCUUUCAUCGCGCGAAAACACAAAAAACUCAGGAAAGUGCGCGGGAGAUGAUUCAUUUAGCGGGCAAAGCAACCACCCAAAGACGCGGAGACCCCGUUCACCGCUAUCAAUCUUCGAUUCAUUCUCUCUUUUCGACGUCAUCUGAUAUCGUUUCAUCGUCAUCCGUACGACGCUUCCCUCUCUUUCUGUAUUUUAUCAGUUUGAUCGCUCUUUCUGUCCGCGUCUCUUUAAAGACUCGCAAUUGGGGCUUCCUUCGUUUCGCUCCUCCCCUUGGUCUCUGUUCUGUUUUUUUUAACUCCAUGUGCUUCGUUUUCUUUUACCGAGACUAAUUCAGUGAUUUUGUUAGUACUGAGCACUUGUUACCGACGGAAAAUCGGUGAUGAAGUGUGAGUGAGGAAAGAGGAGGAGGAGGAGGAAGAGCGAACAAUCGAGUGAUCUUUUGAGUUGUUUAUUUUUGUUCUCCCUCUAGUGUGCUAAUCUUUCUCUUUUUCACACCACCGCCAACAUCUUUUAGUUUUUAAGCACGUUGUGCUCCGUGAUGUUUGUGUUCUUGCUCACAUAUGUAGCAAGUUCCCAUUCAAUUCCCAUUCACGGAAGUUGAAGUUUCCAACCCAUUUUCGCACCUAUUUGCACUGACGCAGCCCAUGACCGAUAAGUCGUCGCACGAGGCGAUACAGUUCGGUUUGUGGCCCCCUCUGAUGACAUCAGAAGCACAAGAAUCAGUUUGUGAAUUUUCGAAAAUUAUAAGGCCGGUGUGCUCGCGCAGACUUGCGCACGGGCGGUCCCCCGGGAGGCGCAAAUAAAACAAAUAGGAGAGGAGACGAUCAGGGAGCGUUCUGAGAAAGAGAAGCACCCCGGGGGCGGCCGGUCGGUCGGCAACGGUCGAAAAGUUUGUACACAAUUUAGGUGGCACCAUUCUGUCUGGCCAUAGCCGGUGGACGCCCCAAGUGCUCCAGGAGGCGGUCGCCCGGUUGUGUCAAGUUGUGUUCAUUACACUUUUAUGCCCUUUGCCCCGCGUGUCUAGGUACACCUCGCGGACUUGCUGGCAUCUCGUUUCACUGCUCAUCUUUGCGUCAUCAUCAUCUUCCCUGAUACUCAUCGCAACAUCAUAACAAAUCGCCAAAUUUCAGGAAAAGAAAUGGUUCCUCUCGUCAAGAAGCAGAUGUCAAUUGACGACAAGGUUCUGGAAGAUGAAGAAGACGAAGGAUUCGGAGACUCGACAAAAACCAUAAAACGGGGGCAGGGCGGUGCAUUGGCAAGAAGUCUCUCGCUGAAAUUGUCUACGCGCAGGGAUCAGCAAAAGACUAUCGGAGCAGACACCGAGGUGAGUAAGGGCAAGGUUGGAAGAUGAUAAAAAGUACGUGGUCCGAUCUUUUCAAGGCUUUUUUCUUUUUCACGAGUUCACGUCAGUCAUUUCCACCACCACAGGCAAUGCAAACGGAGGUUAUCAGUAGUUUAGAUCUCUGUUUUUCUUUUUUCUAACUUCUAUAAAUUGCAGAAGUCGUGCUCCACGCCGUCUCUGCCAACGGCGCCACUCAUCAGACAGGCAUCCACGUCUUCGCUCCGAUUCAAAGUCUCUCCGUCCACUUUCUUGAGAGAGCCUGUCUCAUCAACUCCCGUGGCCACAACUACCGUCACUGUAGCUAUGACCAGAAAGGAAUUAUCAGAGCCGUCUACUUCGAAACGGCCAGAGCCUUCGGCGCCAACUCAAAGAAAGUCGUCAUUGAAGACGGAAACACCGAAAUUCGUAGUAAGAGAGGAUCAAACCGGUAAUUCAUUCCACUCACUAUCAGAUUUCUAAUUCAACUACGUUGUAGAAGCAAGACGCCGAAAAAUCAGAUACGAUGGCUUGAAAGUGUUUUAUUUCGACAGAAGGCAGGGAGAUAUGACGGUCCCUUCUGAGGGAGAAGUGGCUCUCGGAAUGCACAACGAUCAUCACACUCAUCGCUUUUUCCCAUUGAAUUCCGGCAAACGGCCAAAUCUCGAUCUUUCUUUGUACGACGACGAGGAAUUGGAAGAAGAUGAAGUCAUUACUCCGGACAGCGACGGAGAGAAAGAAUACGAAGAGUUCCAGACGACGAAGAGCUUGCCACUUUUCAAGGGCAGAGCUCGGAUCAAGAUGCUCAAGAAGAGCGGAGUCAAAGUUGAGAGAAACACCGAUUCGAUGGAGUCGAUCAGAAGAAUGCGAGAGGAGUGCGGAUGCUCCUGCAAGGGAGGCAAAUGCUUGCCGGAGACGUGCCAAUGUGCACUCGACGGACUCAUGUGCCAAAUAGACAAUGCCGAAGCGCCACACAAUCCGUGCUCGUGCUAUCAGGAGACCUGCCAGAAUCCCGAAGGACGCCUCUUCUUCGAUGCCAAAGCCGUUGCCAACCACCGUAAUCAAGUAUUAACGAAUUUUAAAAUCUCACAGAGAACGGGUAUUAUUGGAUCACCGGUGGUCACAAAGUUCCCAGACAGUCCCGAAGGAACAGAAGAUAACAAGAUGGAAAAGGCGAAGCAAGAGAAAUCGCCGAAAAAGUACCCGGUCACUCCUGUGUACACCCGCAGAACGCAUUCGAGUCUGUCUGCGAUUCGGGAGAGUACGAGCGAAGUGAGCACUGCGGCGACGUCUUCUUUGUCGCUGUCGGAUCGUAUGCAACAUUUGGAGAAUGAAGUUUGCGUCGAAGCGAAGAAAGAAGAAGAUACCGAGAAAGUAAGUUGAUUCUUUUGCAAAUAGCAAAUUCUAAGUGACUGAUUGCAGGAAGAAAACUCGGUGAAUACUGUGGACGCCGGAGUGGAAGAUGUUUUCCCUCAGGAAGAGUACGUCGCCACGGAUGCUGAUGUCGUGGAGGCCGAGAAUGAUCUGUUGGAGGCAGCAAUGAGCCCUGUGCAAGCGACGCUGGUCGUCUGA